AUACCCGCCAUUCCCUCUGGGUAAUACUUUUUCUCUCCAAUCCUCAAAUCUCCAUUCUUCUUCAUCACAAACCCUGAAAUUGAUAUAUAUAUGCAUGUAUAGUCCAGUGUAUAAGUAAUGGGUAUCAAAGAUCUUCUCAGGUUCAUGAAACCCCAUAUUGAACCCAUUCACAUCAAGAAGUAUGCGGGCAAGCGGGUGGGUAUUGAUGCUUAUUCAUGGCUUCACAAGGGAGCAUAUUCAUGUAGCAUGGAGCUUUCUCUCAAUAUGGAGGGUGAAAAGAAAUUUCAGUACUUGAACUACUUUAUGCACCGAAUCAAUCUGCUCCGUCACCAUAAGAUCAUUCCGGUGGUUGUUUUUGAUGGCGGGAAUAUCCCCUGUAAGGCUACCACUGAGAACGAGCGACACAGGAGAAGAAAAGCCAACCGUGAUUUGGCUAUGGAGAAGCUCAAGGAAGGCAAUUUCAAUGCUGCCUCUGAGCUCUUCCAGAGGGCAGUGAGUAUCACUCCAUCAACAGCACAUCAACUGAUUCAGAUUCUGAGAUCAGAGAACAUUGAAUUUGUAGUAUCUCCAUAUGAAGCUGAUGCACAAUUAGCAUACCUAUCCAGCCUUGAAGCAGAAAAAGGUGGAAUUGUAGCAGUGAUUUCAGAGGACAGUGAUCUAUUGGCAUAUGGCUGUCCAGCUGUUGUCUUCAAGAUGGAUCGCUAUGGCAAUGGUGAAGAGAUAGUGCAAAACAAGGUUUUUGAGUCAGCAUCUUGUGUGCCUUCCUUCCAAUGUUUUGAUAAAGAGCUUUUCACAGGCAUUUGCGUAUUAGCUGGCUGCGAUUUUCUUCCAUCUGUUCCUGGAAUUGGAAUUACGAAAGCUUAUUCUUUGGUUUCCAAGUACCGGAACUUGGAUCGUGUUCUAUCCAUCUUAAAGUUUGAGAAGCGCAAUCAAAUGCCUGAAGAUUAUUCAAAAUUGUUCAGAGAAGCAGUUGCAGUUUUCCAGCAUGCCCGAAUAUACGACGCUGACUCUAAGUGCCUCAAACACCUAAAACCUCUUCCAGAAAAGCUUUUGCAGUCUCUAGAUGAAGGCCUUGAUUUCCUGGGGCCAGAAAUGCCACCAUCAAUAGCAGCUGCAAUUGCUGAAGGUAACUUGGAUCCAAGUACCAUGGAGGCCUUUGAUCACUUUCCCAGUUCUGCAACUCAUCUCAAUCCUACUACCAAAAACCAGACUUUUGAUCAAUUCCCAAGACAUGAGGCCACUGCCAUAUCUACAGAAGAGUGCUGCUUUUCUGUUGUUUCCUCUCACAAAGUCAAAAAAGAAAGAACUGCAGUAAUGGGGCAGAAAAUCGUGAUAGAAGAAAGCAAAUACUUACAUGAAGCUACAGUGCUGGAGAAGUUGGUAUGCCCUUUGAAUGCUCGAUCUACAGAAGAAAAUGAGACAGCUAUUGACAAAAUUCACCUAAAAGUUCCUGACAACAACCCGUUCAGAAAGCGAAAACUUGUUGAAGUUGAGUUGGAUCAGUGUGAGAAUGUUACUGAACAAGUUUCAGAGGUGACUGAGGUUGAGAACUCGGAAAUCUUAUGUAUGACACCAGAAUCACAAGAGAGUGUAGAUUCUAAACCUAUUAUCAAGACAAGUGAUGGGAAAAUGAGAGCCAAAAAUGAGAAGUUGAAGAGAAGGAAUUGCCAAAGUUCAGAAAACAAGAAUAGCAGUAUUUUAAAUUUCUUUUCUCGAGUGUAAUAUUUUUUGGUUAUAAAUUUAAAAUUUUGUGAUUAUGAGAAACUUGGGCUCCGUUUAGUUAGGGUUUCAAA